GAUUAAAAAAUUUUUUUCAACUUGUAGGCUGGUUAUGAUGGUGAGAGUAUUGGAAAUUGCCCAUUUUCUCAGCGUCUCUUUAUGAUUCUCUGGCUAAAGGGAGUUAUAUUUAAUGUGACCACGGUGGACUUGAAAAGGAAGCCAGCGGACCUGCAGAACCUGGCGCCUGGAACCAACCCCCCUUUCAUGACUUUUGAUGGCGAAGUCAAGACGGACGUGAAUAAGAUCGAGGAGUUCUUAGAGGAGAAGUUAGCUCCCCCGAGGUACCCUAAGCUGGGGACCCAACACCCUGAAUCUAACUCUGCAGGAAAUGAUGUGUUUGCCAAAUUCUCUGCGUUUAUAAAAAACACCAAGAAGGAUGCAAAUGACAUUUAUGAAAAAAACCUGCUAAAGGCCCUGAAGAAGCUGGAUGGUUACCUGAGUAGCCCUCUGCCUGAUGAGAUAGACCCCUACAGUGCCGAGGACAUCCCUGUCUCUGGAAGGAAGUUCCUGGAUGGGGAUGAGCUCACCCUAGCUGACUGCAACCUCUUACCCAAGCUUCAUAUCAUCAAGAUCGUGGCCAAGAGAUACAGAGAUUUUGAAUUUCCUCCUGAAAUGACCGGCCUCUGGAGAUACUUGAACAAUGCCUACGCUAGGGACGAGUUCAUAAACACGUGUCCAGCCGACCAGGAGAUCGUACACGCGUAUUCAGAUGUUGCAAAAAGAAUGAAGUGA